CGCCCUCCCGCCUUCGAACCACCGAGCUUCUGCCCAGUGGUAAAAACGGUGCUCGCCCUUUAAGCGGCGGGACUUCUGGUUAACGUCGUCGUCGGCCGCCGGAAGGGGAAGUUUCGCUGCCGAAUUCUCCCUCGCUCGUCCGAAUUCGGUGGCGCCACGUCUGACGGUCUCCGCGUUCUGCAACGGGGCUGGGGCGGCUUCCGCCUCGACACCUCCCACUCGCCCAGCGGACCGCGUCGUGAGGGGGCCGGGACAGGAGUCGGGCGGCUUUGCACAUCCCGGCCACCGAAGAGGCGAAGAUGUCGGACAUCGGGGACUGGUUCAGGAGCAUCCCGGCCAUCACGCGCUAUUGGUUCGCCGCCACCGUCGCGGUGCCCUUAGUCGGCAAACUCGGUCUCAUCAGCCCGGCCUAUUUCUUCCUCUGGCCCGAAGCCUUCCUCUAUCGCUUCCAGAUUUGGAGGCCGAUUACUGCCACCUUUUAUUUCCCUGUGGGUCCAGGAACUGGAUUUCUUUAUUUGGUCAAUUUGUAUUUCUUAUAUCAGUACUCUACACGACUCGAAACAGGAGCUUUUGAUGGGAGGCCAGCAGACUAUUUAUUCAUGCUCCUCUUCAACUGGAUUUGCAUCGUGAUUACUGGCUUAGCGAUGGAUAUGCAGUUGCUGAUGAUUCCUCUGAUCAUGUCAGUACUUUAUGUCUGGGCCCAGCUGAACAGAGACAUGAUUGUAUCAUUUUGGUUUGGAACACGAUUUAAGGCUUGUUAUUUACCUUGGGUUAUCCUUGGAUUCAACUAUAUCAUCGGAGGCUCGGUCAUCAAUGAGCUAAUUGGAAAUCUUGUUGGACAUCUUUAUUUCUUCCUCAUGUUCAGAUACCCAAUGGACUUGGGAGGAAGGAAUUUUCUAUCCACGCCUCAGUUUUUGUACCGCUGGCUGCCCAGCAGGAGAGGAGGGGUGUCAGGGUUUGGUGUGCCCCCUGCUAGCAUGAGGCGAGCCGCCGACCAGAACGGCGGAGGCGGGAGACACAACUGGGGACAGGGCUUUAGGCUCGGGGACCAGUGACGGAGUGGCCUCUGGCCUGCCCACCAGCCCUCCACUCAGAUGACGUUUCCUCCCAGUGCCGGGUGACCUUUACCACCGAGUUCUAGCUAACGCUGUUGGACCUGACCCACACUGAAUGUAGUCUUUCAGUACAAGACAACAGUUUUUUAAAUCCUGAAGAAAAAAUACAUGUUCCUCGAGUUUCGUGAUUCUCAUUCAAGUCCUUACUGCUAAGAAGAACAAAUAUCAACUGGGCAGAUUUCGGAACUGACCUUAGUUUUUGGUGUCUUCUCUUCCUUUUCCAUCUGAAUCAUGGGUUUCAGCAGGUCCCGCUCUGCUGGUGCCAAGCUGGGUAUCCGGCGUUGGGUCACCAGACCCCUGUCCCGGGGGCUCUUAGCUCUUUCUCGCACCCACGCCUGCCUCCUCCUUCCCCAGCCUCACACUCCCAGCUAGAGGAGAUUGCCCAUGAAUUGGUCCUGCCUCUGACAAGCUCGCUUUAUUUGUUGGCUUUUGCCAAGGCUUGGCCACAGAGGCCUUGUUCCCAGCGUUUUACGGUGGCAGAACCGUAACCGUAGUGCAGAAGGCGGACAGCAGAUGAAGAGCUUCCUCAGCUUUUGGGAUAGCCGUGGCCUGAUAUCAGUUGCCACCGUUUGCCACCUCUUCAGCUGUUCUGAUAAAAAAGCACCGCUGAGUCAGUGAGGACCACAGAUCGGUAUUAAUGAGGCCUGAAUGUCCUUGCUAGGCAUUUUUUAUCCUAAGUGAUCAAAACCCUAGUGGAGUUGCAUCUUACACAGGGGCUGUGUUUAACCGUGGGCAUAAUCCCAAUGCAUCUCGUGUAGGGCAUACUGGCUCUGUGUGUACCCAGAGUAGUGGAUUUGUAUUGUGCUAGAAAGUUCCAAAGCACAUUGGCCACAGGGAGAAGCUCUCUUUGAGAGGUGCCUGGGCAUUGAUUGAUUUGACUUCAUUCUCCUUCUGGGUGUAUGUUUAUUGAGUAGAGUGGAGGGAGAACCUUAAACCCUCUUUAAGUUGUCUUUUUUUUAAACCGAGCCCCCAUUCCCCACCCCCAUGGCCAUAUGCUUCAGUUACUUGUGAGGAGGGUGCAGCUCCUCUGUAUGUAGAUCUUAUUUAGAAGCUGUUGUAAGCACAUCUAAGUGAAUCACGUGAUUUUGGGUGUAAUGGCUUUAGAGUCAUCUGUGUUUGAGGAGCUUUUUUAUUUCGAGUCAUGAAGGUACAUCAGACCAUCUUCACCCACAGCUCCUUUUUUUACAGGUGGGCUUUUUCCAUCAGAGCUAGGCUUGUCACCGGAUAGCUUUUUGAAGGCUGCGACGUUUCACACAGGUUCUUAUUUUAUAUUUUUAUUCUGAAAGCAAACUGCUAGGAGCAGUGCUGAGUGGCUGCCAUACUUUGAGUCAACUAGAGAAGCUUUGAACAUUUUGACCAGCAGUUCUGUGCAGGAGACACUGUGUGCUAAGAGUAUGACUCUUUGCCCCGCUCUGAAGCAGUGACGUGUGUUAUUCUAGGAAGUGGGGAUUUGAAAUCCGCUCCUCGUUUUUCAUGAAGUUUGUUCGAGUGUACCUCUUCAUAUUUAAUUUAUAUGAUAAAAUAGGCGGCGGGGAGAAUCUGAACCCUAACUGUCAUAUGUUUGCUGUUGACCUGUGGCCAGAAUAAAAUUUACUUGUAAGAUUUUAGAAACCCUUCUUCCUGUUACGUCAUACUUGCACUCACUGUGCAGGAGUGGAGACUCAUUGUAUGUGUAAGAAGAUUCUCACGGUAAGUGAGCUAGUCUCCUACACGCUGUCACAGCAGCUCAACUGCCUGAGAGCAGUAGUCUUUCUGAAGGUUACAAGUAUUCCUUAGAAUUCUUCAGUUCAAGGCAAAAUGUUCAUUAAAUUCUUCCUCUUAAACACAUUUAAGAAGCUGAUAAUUUUUAUUAAUUUUGUCUGGAUUACCUAUCUUUGGGGAAUAACUUUAGCUAAGCAAGCUAUUUGAGAUUUGAUUUGGCAAGGCAAGACAUGACAGCAGAUUCUCUUUGUGAAAGAAAAUAAAUCCUAAUUUUGUAUAGAGAAAUUCCCGUUUUGUAACUAAUCCUUUUUAUUGGUAAGAAUUGUAAAUUAAAAUGUACAGCUUCAUGGUUGUAUGUCUUAAGUUUCUGUAUCCCUACUCUGCUGCCUCUUUUAGAUAUGACGUAAUUUAUGUAGCUAGUCAUCUCUUGGUGGGCAUUGAGGAGUGUCCAGUGUGUGUUGCUAUUAUAGCCGCACAGCAGACUUUUUUUUUUUUAAUUUUUUUUUGGCUGCGUUGGGUCUUUGUUGCUGCGCGCAGGCUUUCUCUAGUUGCGGUGAGCGGGACUUCUCUUGUUGUGGAGCACAAGCUCUAGGUGUGCUUCAGUAGUUGCAGCAUGCGGGCUCAAUAGUUGUGGCUCACGGGCUGUAGAGCGCAGGCUCAGUAGUUGUGGCGUGUGGGCUUAGACGCUCCGUGGCAUGUGAGAUCUUCCCUGACCAGGGCUCGAACCCGUGUCCCCUGCAUUGGCAGGCGGAUUCUUAACCACUGCGCCACCAGGGAAGUCCCAGCAAACAUUUUUGUACCUCCUUCUGUUCACGUGUUGGAAAAUACCUGUAGGAUUAAUUCUUGGAAGCAGGAUUUUUAGGUUUUCAUUAUAAGGAAGCAGGAUGCUUCAGAACAUUGGGUAAGGGGUUAUAUCUGAUUGUAGUAUGCUGUAUAGCAUUUUUGUCACCUCCACCCAUGGGUCUGAGUCUUGGAACUGGGCAGAAUUAGUUUAAUCCCCUUUCUGUAUUUUCUUUCUGAGGAUCCAUGGACCGUGAAAGGCAGGUGCAGUGACACUCCUGAACCAUCCAAGUCUAGCCCCGGCCUUAGGCAGGCUCUCUUCCUUCAUCACAAGUUGGGUGAUGGGAAGGAACAGGGCUGUGCACCCCUAUUCUGGUACUGGAGAAACACCGAGAAAAUAGGAACAGUCCUGCUUGUUUUGGAGGAUAGCACAUUGCCAGUAUCACUGUGUUCUAAGCUACCUUUUGAAGAACACGGAUGUAAUAGGUGAUGCUGCAGCUGCCAACAGCUGCAUCUGUUGCCAACUCUUUCUGAGGUCCCGGCCCCUUUGAAAUUUUCAACAUUCACGUAACAAACCUUAACCUUUGGAAAAAUUCACCCCUGUCUGCUUGGACUUCUCACCGUUAGUAUCUUGAAAGGCUGGGCUGAGAGAAUAUGUGUCUCCUGGCAGUUUGCUUGCUUUCCAGAGUGGCUCUGGUGAUUCUAAUUGGAAUUGAGGGGAAUAUCAUGUCAUGUAAUUCCUUCCAUGUACGGUUUAUGCCCAGAAUGCUUCCCCGUGCUCCUCCUCUUUUCCCACCACUGUUCCUUAGGGUAGAAUCCCAUUUUCUACAGCACACCUGGGUAUUGUUUUUUUUUUUAAUUAACCUCUCCCCUUUCUUUUUUCUUUUUACAUAUUUGUUGAUUUAUUUUGGCUGCACCAGGUCUUAGUUGCAGCACAUGUAGGAUCUUCGUUGUGGUGUGCAGGAUUUUUAGUUGCAGCAUGCGAACUCUUAGUUGCGGCAUGUAAACUCUUUAGUUGUGGCAUGCAUGCGGGAUCUAGUUCCCCGACCAGGGAUGGAACCCGGGCCCCCUGCAUUGGGAGCACAGAGUCUUACCCACUGGACCACCAGGGAAGUCCCCUCACCUGGGUAUUGAGCGUUAAUGUGACAGGUACUUCACGAAUAAUUUAAGCCUCCAAUCUCUGGUUUCCAAUCUGGCUAUACGUGCGAAUCACUUGGGGCUUUUGAAAAAUGCAGAUUUCUUGUUUCGUUUUCAUUCUGCAUCUUUUUGAAGUUCCCAGUGAUUCUGAUAUUCAGCUGGGUUUGGGAAUCAAUGUUUAAACCCGCUUGUGAAGUAAGUAGUAUUAUCCCCAUUUCCCAAAUAAGGAAACUUGAGAGAUUAAGUCAUUUAAGAGCAAGCAGCUAGAAGUUACCAAAGAUAAGAUAUGAACUCAACUCUAAGUUAAGACCUCUGCUGCUGCAGUUGAGGAAGCCAACGUUGAGAAUCUGGCAUUAAGUGACGAAAAAGAUUCUUUUCUUGCCAGGCUGAAGGCAGGCCAACAUGUUGGGAAACAUUAGUUGAAGGUAUAAAUUGCUAUCAUCCCUGGGGGGGAAUUGCCUUGUAGCCUGGGAAGAAAAAAACAUAUAUUAAUAUGAUAUUAAUAAAUAAUAUAAUAUAGUGUAAUAUAGUGUCUGCUGAGUGGUGCCUGGGCAGAUGCAAAUAGAACCUAAUCUCUGUCUUCACAGUGUGUUCUCUCCACGAAGGCACACAGCUUGGCCGGUAGUAGGUACUCACGUAUUUGUUGAAUAGGUGAGCACAAAUUAUAAUACAACUUGAUAAGCUGCUAGAGUAGAAAUAAGUAAAAAGUUGUAUUGGAUAGAGGGGUUAGGUCUUGAAAAAUCGAUGGGAAAUUCCAGGCUGAGAAGGAGAACGAAUGAGCAGUGGGAACCAUUGAAAGAUUUUCACAUUUGUUCCUUAAAAAGUGACUGGCUGAAGCGUUGGGAGGCGGGGAGGGGGCUGAGAGCGGCAGCUGAAGAUCAGGUGACUGAGCUUUGAGUUUGUUGCUGUGGCGCAGACGCAAGGCCGUGGGUCGGUAUGAGGUUGGCCUGAACCAAGGCCGUGGGAUUGGGGGCUGGGGGCUGGAUUGGAGAGACCUCUGUGAGGGAAGUGCUGGGAGUUAGUGAGGAAAAGUGGGGCUUGGGAGCACAGGACAUCAGGACUGAGCAUAAGUUUCCCAUAGAAACGAGUUUGGUUAAAAAAUGCUAUAUAUGGUGCAGCACACUAUAGAUAAUUGGGUGCCAGUGGACCAGCCUGGAAACCUAGCCACUAUUUCUAAGUGUAUUUCUGUGGAAAAAUAAAGUUUUAUUAUUAUGAGCUCUAAAUCCAUGAAUGGGAAAAUAAACUUUUCGAACAUAACCUCUUCCUGAGUUGGGGACAGCUGUCCAGAAGGCCCCAAGUGAAAGAGAAACAGUUCUCUUGAUUCCUGUUGUCCACCCUGUCCCCCUCCUUCAGGUCUCCCCGUCUUAUACAUCAUUUCAUCAAGGAGAGGCCUAUCUAGGGUUGUAGGCGAGGUAGAAUGUCUCCCCAUAGGGUCCACUGGCACCCUGCUCUCUGAUGAGACUCAUCCGUCUAUAAUCAUUUGCUUAAUGUCUCUCUCCUGUGGUCUGUUAGCAUCUUGGGGGCAGUGACUGCACCUGAUUCAAGGCUGUGUUCCCAGUCCGUAGCACGGUGCCUGCCACAGACAGGUGCUUCUGUGUUCGAGGCACUGAACUAAAAUUUGGACCGGGUAAGAGGUUGCGUAGGAAUUUGGCCUGUGUAGGGAGAGAGCGAAUGGCCUGGCCUCCUAGGAGCCUUAAUGGGUUGGGGGGUGUGGGGAGGUUGUCGUACAGGGGAAUCAAGCCUCCUGAAAGAGGAUGUUGGAAGAGGUUGGAGAUACUGGGAAGAAUGGAUUCAAAGUUGAGAAACUUUUUAAAACGGCAGUUAAUAGCUUUUGUUUGCAGUUGUGUAAUUGCCUGCUAAUGGGUGUGGAUACUUGGGGUGAUUUGGGCAAAAGGAGACUCAGUGUAGACCGAAGGCAGGCAGAAACAUUUGGGAAGAUUAAUCGAAGGUAUAAAUUUAGCUUUCUCUCCCUCGAGGACUUCUGUGGCCUGUACAAAUGCGUUUGCAUUUAGCGAGAAGGAGAAACCCCUGCCAUGGCGUCUGGGCCAGAGAGACCCCCAGGGAGUGCGGGAUUGAAUUCAGGUGCAAGGCUGCAGGAUCACUUAGGAAGUGUUUACCAAGCGCGAUGUGUCAUUUGAAGCCUCAGCCUGACCCAGAUGAACUUGAUCCCUCUCCUCAGUCAGUGUGUUGGCCUUUUCCUGAGGGCUGGCACUGAUAGAGCGAGUAUCCUUGUUAACGAUGGGCAAUCACUGUUAGCUUAAGGGAGACUUUGGAUUUUGAUGGAAACUGUCCUGAUACAGAAGUUGUAAACCUGGUGCUUAGGAUAUAAGAUGCAUCUGUCCCCAUAACCAGGCCCUUGUCCCCUGGAAGUUGCCCCCUUGCGGGGGAGGAGGGACUGGGACUUUUCAUGAUCCUUUCCAUCAGUUAGGGUUCUUUGAUUUCAGGUACCCAAAAAGGACUCUGGUUAACUUAAGCAAAAGGGAAUUUAUCGGAAGGGUAUAGACUUAUCUCAGAGAUUCCAAGGAUCUGCUGAGAAGCCUGACACGGAGAGGAGUGUAUCAGGGAUCCAGGGACCAGGAACCGAUCUUACCUAAAUCAGCUCCACCUUUUAUUCUGUGCUUGCAUCUCUCCCUUUACGAUUGAACUCCUGGGUCUUAGUGACCUCACUUUGGCCUUAAGUCUCCCUGUUAAGAGGGGAGAGGUAAUUUUUCAAAAGCAAAGCAAAGCGCUGUUGCAUCAUAAGGGGGAAGAGGGUGCCGGAUGCCUGAAAAGCCCUGGCUGGCCCACUGGUGCAUGUAAACCACACGUGUGACCUCCUGGAGGAGCGUCUGGCUUUCUCUCAGGAAGAAGGCGGGUGCCCUGGAUGAGAACAGUAUUAAAAUGCUUUCUAUUCACUAGAUCAUUUAAACCUUACAAUUACUCAUUUUGAAGGUUAUUAUUUAAACCAUUGCACAGAUGAAGAAAUGGGGUCCUAAGAAGUUAAAUUAUCUGUCCAGGGUAUGAUGGAGCCAGGGUUCAGAUCCACCCAAUUCUGCUUGACUGUAAGUUCUUGCUUGUUUGUUGAUAUCAUACUGAACUAACAAAGGUAAAUAUAAAAUUCAUAAAAUUUAAAUGGAAAGGAGUUUGUGUUUUUUCCACACUAAAUGCAAUAUGAAGCCAUUAAAGGACUUCAAAUCAAAAAGUAAAUUACAUAAAUUACUAAUAUCAGUCAAAAUGGAACCUAGGAUGAAUUAGGUAUUCUAUUUUAUAGAAAAUAAUGUUAUUUUAUUACUAUGUGUAAUGUAGCUAAAUGACCGGAAAGGAAUAGGUAAGAGGCAUGAUGAAAACAAACAGACAUUUCUAAAUUAACUACCCCCCAAAAUUCCCUAAUCAGUCUCUAGAUAAAGUAUCUUUUCCCGGCUUCUUCCUGUCCAAUCUUGUGAUUCUGUAAUACCUCCUGUAAAUUAUUCUUCUUAACUCAACAAUGAUUGCCCAAUCCUUUAUAAAGAGGAAAACACUUGCCGUUCAUAUUAUCCAUAUUAUUGCUUCAGUCUCUCCUCCCAUUUCCUGUCUCCAGCUUGUCUACAGAGCAUAAGCAGUGUAGAUUUUGCUGAAGAUUUUUUGGGGGAUAGGCAUGGAACAUCUAGGGAAAGUGACUCCCCACACUCUCGAGAGCAGGGACUGUGUCGGUCUGUUCACCACCACAUCCCCAGUACCUAGCGCAAAGAUUGGCAUGCAGAGCUUCUUUUCUUUUUUUUAAAUUUAUUUAUUUACUUAUUUAUUUUUGGCUGCAUUGGGUCUUCGUUGCUGCAUGCGGGUUUUCUCUACUUGCGGCGAGCGGGGGCUACCCUUCGUUGUGGUGUGCAGACUUCUCAUUGCGGUGGCUUCUCUUCUUGUGGAGCACGGGCUCUAGGCACUCGGGCUCAGUAGUUGUGGCUUGGGGGCUCUAGAGCACAGGCUCAGUAGUUGUGGCGCAUGGGCUUAGUUGCUCCGCGGCAUGUGGGAUCUUCCCGGACUAGGGCUCGAACCCGUGUCCCCUGCACUGGCAGGUGGAUUCUUAACCACUGCGCCACCAGGGAAGCCCCAGGCUUCUUGACAUAAAUAUUCGUUGAAGGAGUGAAUCCAUUUCAUAACCUAAAUUCCCUUCAGCUAUCAACUGGCUCCCUGCCUUUCUCUUCAUCCUCUCCUCAUGUGGCUUUUCCAGUCCCCUCUAAUUCCUUGGUCAGUUUAGCUCUGCCUCCAAAACGCUUUACUCAGCAAAAUAAAAGCCUUGCAGUUAAAUCAGACCUACUCACCUCAGAAAGGCUUAUCAAAGUUAUUCAAUAGAUAAAAAGUAAGACUCUUGGUCAGUGAAGCAGGGGAAUUCUGCUGCUAAAAAUUUAAGAUCAUUUCAUUACGUACAAACUCCCCAAGUUCUGAUACGCACCCUGUAGUGCAUUGAAUGGUGGCCCCCAAAAGAUAUGUCCAUAGACUAAUUUCCAGACCCUGUGAAUGUGACCUUAUUUGGAAAAAGGGUCUUUGCAGAUGUAAUUAAGGGUCUUGAUGAGGCGAUCAUCCUGGAUUAUCUGGAUGAACCCUGAAUCCCAUGACAAGUGUCCAAUAAGAGACACACAGGGGAUAUUUAACAGACAAAGAAGAGAAGACACAGACACACAGAGGAGAAGGUGAUGUGAAGACAGGCAGAGCUGGGCAUGAUGUGGCCAAAAGCCAAGGAACGCCUGAAGCUCCCAGAAGCUGGAAGAGGCAAGGCACAGAAUCCUUACAGAUUUUGGAGUGAGUGCGGUCCCGCUGACACCUUGAUUUUGGGUUUCUGGCCUCCUGAACUGUGAGAAAAUAAAGUUCUGUUGUUUUACGCUA